AUGUAUGUUUUGGAGAAUCCUAAGUUUGCAUUAUUAUUUUUCAUUGGUUUAGAUGGUGGACAAAUCUUGGAAGACGACAGGGAGCGAUCAAAAGCCUUCGACAUGCUCGCACAGGCCAGGAUGGAUUGGGCGGUCUUCGCUCGCAUAGCCCUCGGAAGAGCCUUGGGAGAUGUACGGGCUUAUGUACUAAAUGCGGUCAGAGCUAAACUCCUUCCUUCAAAGAAGAAGCGUGUGAUCGAGACUACGGCAAGCAGCUCUUCUGCUGUCAAGGAAAUAGAAAAGACCAGCCCCGACGAGUUUUAGCCCAUCUGCUACUACUUUUUUCUAAUUUGCUGUACUUACAGAUCACUAUCAUAUCAUUUGCCUUAACUCUACUCCCGCUUUUGCGUAUCACUUAUUUGCAUUCCGAGAUUCUCAUUGUUUAAACGGUUACCAAGUACACUUCUAUCUCAUCAUGUAAUUUCGCUCUUUUUAACACGUUUCUCCUGAGAUUUCAAGGAAGUGCCCGAGGUUAACACGUUCAAAAGUGCGAAAAGCAGCGAGAUGACGUGGUACCUAUGGGAAUCUUGCUGGGGAACAAACG